AUGACAACGUUUGACUUCUCUGAUGUGGAGGCUUUUUUGGACAGCCACCCGGAUCUAUUCCAGGAGUAUUUAGUUCGUAGAGCGAGAUGCGAUCAAGUGAACAGGUGGUUAAAGGAGCACCAGCCGUCCAAGGCAGCCGAAGAAAAGCACGGCGCAGCCGUGGACCCGCUCUGGCCCACCAGCAGCGACGGGCUUCGGCGCAGAUCCUCUCACAUGGAGCUGCGGCGCAACUUCGCCCGCUCCAAAGCCUCCACUGCUCACCGCACUUACGACGAGCACGUGAGCCUGAGUGAACACGAGUCCCAGUCCAGCACGAGACGCCGCGCGCUCCUGCGUAAAGCCAGCUCACUGCCUCCGACCACCGCGCAUAUCCUGAGCGCCCUGCUGGAAUCCAGAGUCAACGUGCCCCAGUACGCCUCCAGCGCCAUCGACUACAAAUACAGGCUCAAGGAAACCAACGAGAGGGAUUUCUUCUUGGAGCUGGUCAAGGACAUCUCCAACGAACUGGACCUGACCAACCUGAGCUAUAAAAUACUCAUCAACGUGUGCAUCCUGGUGGACGCUGACAGGUGCUCGCUCUUCCUAGUCGAGGGGCCCGCGCACAAGAGGAUACUGGUGUCCAAGUUCUUUGAUGUGCACUCGGGCACCACGGUCAGACCAUCAUCCAGCACUCUGAACUCCAAUGAGGUACAGGUUCCGUGGGGAAAAGGUAUCAUUGGAUAUGUUGCAGAGCAUGGAGAGACAGUAAACAUCCCAAACGCAUACGAGGACCACCGUUUCAGUGAUGAGAUCGACAAGUUGACGGGGUACAAGACUCAGGCUAUCCUCUGCAUGGCCAUCUGCAACAGUGAUGGAGAAGUCAUAGGUGUGGUUCAAGCUAUCAACAAGAAUCCAAUGGGCACACCUUUUACAGAGGGUGAUGAGAAGGUGCUGCAGAUGUAUCUGCCUUUCUGUGGCAUAUCGAUUUCAAAUGCAAAGUUGUUUUCUGAGUCUCGGAAGGAGUAUGAGAGGAGCCGGGCUUUGUUGGAGGUGGUCAAUGACCUGUUUGAAGAGCAGACAGACCUGGAGAAGAUAGUCAGGAAGAUCAUGCAGCGCGCACUGACACUGCUGCAGUGUGAACGCUGCUCCGUGCUUCUCCUGGAGGACAUCGACUCACAUGUGGUGAAGUUUGCCAAGACGUUUGAGCUCAUGUCUCCUCAGUGCAACAUAGACAGGGACAUCAGCAUGGAGAAGUUGUCCUGCUCUGACUGGCUAAUCAAUAACAGCAUUGCAGAGCUGGUGGCAUCUACAGGACUUCCUGUUAACAUAAGUGACGUGUGUCAGGACCCUCGUUUUGAUGCUGAGGCGGAUCAAGCUUCAGGGUUUCACAUCAGAUCGGUCUUAUGUGUUCCCAUCUGGAAUCGAACUCAUCAGAUCAUUGGGGUUGCACAAAUUCUGAACCGUCUGGACAGGAAGACGUUCAAUGACGCAGACCAGAGACUGUUUGAGGCAUUUGUGAUAUUCUGUGGACUUGGGAUCAACAAUACAAUGAUGUACAACCAAGUGAAGAAGACUUGGGCCAAGCAGUCAGUAGCUCUGGAUAUGCUGUCUUAUCAUGCCACCUGCUCCAAAGUAGAAGUCGACAGGCUUAAGGCUGCUAAGAUCCCCCCGAGCAGUGAGUUGGGCAUUGAUGAGUUUCACUUCAAUGACUUUUCCCUGGACAAUGACGCAAUGAUCACAGCAUCGCUCAGGAUGUUUCUGGAGCUUGGUGUCGUCCAGAAGUUUAAAAUUGACUAUGAGGUUUUGUGCCGCUGGCUUCUGACUGUGAGAAAGAAUUAUCGAACUGUGGCCUAUCAUAACUGGAGACAUGCUUUCAAUGUGUCACAGUGCAUGUUUGUCAUGAUUGCAACAGCCAAUUUCCAGGACAUCCUUUCAGAUGCAGAGCUUCUGGCACUGAUGGUUGGCUGUUUGUGUCAUGACUUGGACCACCGAGGGACAAACAAUGCAUUUCAAGCCAAGACCGGCUCUGCUCUGGCCCUACUCUACGGGACGUCGGCUACGCUGGAGCACCAUCACUUCAACCACGCAGUUAUGAUUCUGCAGAGUGAGGGCCACAAUAUCUUUGCAAACCUCAGCUCCAAAGAGUACAGCAACAUGAUGCAACUACUGAAGCAGGCCAUUCUCUCUACAGACCUCACUUUGUACUUUGAGCGCCGAACCAAGUUCUUUGAGUAUGUAUUGUCAGGUGAAUUCAGCUGGACAGUCGAAGAACACAGAGACGUUCUCAGGUCUAUGCUGAUGACAGCGUGUGAUCUGGGAGCCGUCACACGUCCGUGGAAAAUAUCAAAACAGGUUGCAGAGCUGGUGACGAGUGAAUUCUUUGAGCAAGGUGACAGAGAGAGGUUUGAGCUUAAAUUAACCCCAGCAGCCAUCUUUGAUCGAAAUCGCAAAGAUGAACUACCAGCUUUGCAGCUAGAAUGGAUUGAUGGGAUUUGUAAACCACUUUAUCAGGCAUUGCUGAAGCUCAACAGGAAGUUGCAACCAAUGGUGGACGGGAUCAACGCCAAUCGAGAGAAAUGGCAGGAAAUGUCUUUGCCCAACCAGCAGACACACAAAGCUUCUGUGUGCAGUGAGAGCCCUGUUCCGAAUCCAAACACUGAGUUUGGUCACGAUGCAGAAACCACCAAGCCUCGAGACACCACAGAGAAGAAGAGCCAUGUUAGAAAGUUUGGCCCAAAGUUGGAAUGCAGGGAAGUUUUGAGAUGCACAGGAAUCAAAGAGGCUGACAGUAACAUAACAUCUGCAGGAAAAAAGCAAAUCAUGCUUUGAAGCAAAUAAAUGUUAAAAAGCACACAAGAAUUAAAAUAUAAGAGUAAAACUGUGAUUUUUCUUCUAAGAAAAAUACAACCUUACAUAGAUUUUAUGAGCUGCUUCUUCUGCCAGGCAUCACUGUGCUGCACUGAGGUGGAUUAGAUCUGUUUGAGGGUGAGCCUUCCUAUUGGUGUCCACACAUCUGAAAGAGUUCCAUCACUGAAAUAAAAAGACAAACAGAGACCAAAGAGGGCCGGUGGGUCGUAUUGUAAAAGCUCACCUUUAUAAAUACCAUUGUGACACGUCAGACGGAGCUUGAUGGUGCUCCUGAAUGCCAUGAUUUUGCUGCAUGGCCUACUUACUAUUCAGCUGUUGUGGACACAUUUAAUAGUAAAUUUGUGGAGGUAAUUUGCAUUUAUGCCCAGCAUGUAAUUCUUGUGUUAUUUAAUGUUGUAAUGCAGACAUUUUGCUUAGGUAAUGGAGUCCAAACCCUCAAUUUUUUUUUUUGGGGGGGGGUGACCUUUAAAUGAGCCUACAGGCCAGCCUGCUGUUGUGUUGGUCUUGGUAGUCCAGUGGUUACAAUGACUGCCUUUGCACUCCAACCACUGGACAACCAAGUCAGCUACAAAAGAAUAGUUGCCUAACUAACUUAUCCUGUGCUGGCCAUUAUGUGCAUCUUUGUAGACAGAAUGCAUGGUUUUUAUGGCUGUUUUUUGUCCCCAAUGCAAAAGUAAUUUGUCAGAAUCAGUGGUGGCUCAUCCAUAG